AUGGAUGAAAUCUUUGCAAAAGCAAGUAAUCAAGCAGUGAGCUUUGCUAUCAGAUCAGGGAUCUCUCUUGCUUCAGGAUUUGCCAUUAAAACAAUUACCAGUUUCAUUUCUCAAAUCCCAAAACUGGCACAACAAUUGCGGAUCGAAAAGCAACGACGUAAGUUACACUUAAAAAUUGAGAUACUAACACCUACAAUCGAACUUAUAAAACUUGCCAAUGCACGUUCCAGUUCGAUCCUUGAUUCAACCAUUGAGUUAAUUGAUGAGUUACAUGCUCAAUUCACAGAAUUUGACGACCAUUUGAGUGAGAUACUUACAGGGCUAAAUAGCAAGAACGAAGUUGAAGCUACUGAAAAGGUUGAGAAAUAUAUGAAUAGGCUUUUACAAGAUAUAAAUGAAGCUAUCCCCGUUCUUAAUUUGGCAUUACUUACUCUGGGUGUGAACUUUUCAGGACAAACCAAUUCCAAGAAUGUAUCACCAGGUAGAUUGCUUCAAGCUGCCAAUUAUUUAAAUAACAGCAAGGGCGACCAGAUUGGGCCCGGCUUUGAUUUGGUGAUGUACACUAUAUUUUACAAUCCAAGUAGAUUGAAAUAUGUUGAAGGGGAGGAAUUUGACGACUUGAAAUCUAUAAGUUGGAAAGAAACAUAUGCUAGAAGUCUGGUUAAAAUUGUUAAGGGGAAGGGGAAGUUCGAAUACAAGUUGCAAAUAAUCGAGGAUUUUAAUGAUGGAAGAUAUCAUGAAGAUGACGACAAGCCCCUGAAGAGAGAGUUUGAUUUGAAGUUAAUUGAGCGGAUGUUCUUUACCGGUUCAGGAAAGCUAUUGCGUCUUGAAGAAAGAAAUUCGCCUGUGUUAAUUAUUAAGUUGGUUGACCAAGAAGAAGAAGAAUGGAUAGCAUUAGGCGAAUUAAACAAAGGUGAAUUUGAUGACGACGAUGAAGACGACGACGACGAGGAGGAGGAAGACCAGAAGGAAACCGCGGAGAAGGAAAUUAACGUUAAAGCAAGUAAUCCACUUUCCCUUUUAGAAUAUAUUCUUCGACUUGCUAGACUUCAAGAAAUGCAAUCUAAAUCAAUUCUUGAAAUACCAGAUGAAAUAUUAUCGAUAUACUUACAUGAUGAGCCUGCUGAGCCUCAUAUACAAAAACAACCAACUAAUACCACAAGUGCCCUUACGAUGGAUUCAAAUAUCACGCGAUUACAAAAUUUGCAAAUAGAUGCAGAAUCGAAAAAAUCUAUUAAUAAAUAA